AGUUUUUAUAUAUGUUUAUUCCCUAGAUGUGUCGAUGUGGAGAUCCCAAUGAACUCUAUUUAUGACCAUGAUGACCACCCCAUCUCAAUCUCAUAUAAUUCCUUUCCAAUUGCUUGAACCAUAAGCUAAAUUUGAUUCACCCCAACAUAUAAUUCAUAUAUAACAACUUUUCUAUCCUCCCACGUCCUAUAAUAAACUAACCCAUUCUUAUAUUGUAAGUUGUAACCAACACAAAAUUCCCCCUUUCAUAUCAUCCAAAAUAAUGUAUUCCACUACCAAAUUUUCUCAUAAAAAAGACACAACCGUGAACACAACAAAAAGAUACAAUGAAAUAUCCCAUUUUAGCCACCCAAAACAUAAACUAACAUUCCAAUACUCCGAAUUCCCAUUCAAAUGUGAUGGCUGCAAAGAAAUUGGCAUAGGCUCACGUUACAAUUGCACCAUUUGUGACUAUGACCUUCACAUGCAUUGUUCCAUACCUUCUCCUUCUCUUUUCCACCCUUUCUACCCAAAAUGUACCUUCCAAUUCCUCUCAAAGCCACCCGGGGACAUACCCCGGUAUUGCAACGCCUGCGAAAAGGGUGUCACUGGCUUCGUCUACCACUGCUUUUCUUGCGGUUUCGAUCUUCACCCUUGUUGCGCAAAGCUUCCAAUGAUACUCGAUGAUCACAGUGAAGUGAAGUUGUAUCUAUAUCGGAAAGUGAGUUCGUCGUGUCAGCGUUGUGGACAAAAAGGACGGAGCUGGAGUUACAGGUCGUCAUGUAAGAAGUAUAACUUGCAUGUGGCAUGUGUGAGGGAGAUGAUUGUCGAGAGUUGGCAUCAGAUUUACAUUGGAAGAACAACAACAAUGGCAACAAUGGUUGAAACAGGGGUUCCUCUGAGUUUGAAGAAUGGUCUGCACACUGCACACAAUAGUGGUGGAAGAAGCAAAGGGAAGGUGAGGAAGUGUGCUGAGAUGGCUGGAAUGGCUGUACAGAUUGCUGUGUCUGCUGUUUUGGGAGAUCCAACGGUUCUUAUUGCUGGGAUUAUGGGGUCAUUGAUGUCACGAGCUUGAUCUUGUGGUGGAUGGUGGUCCAUUGUAUAACAUGUCUGCUUUUGUGACAAAUGUAAGUGGAAAAGUUGUGUAUCAAUUGAAUGUAUAUUCUCAUAUUGAAGUUUUUAUCUUGGAUUUCUUCUAUGGAUUGUUUAAAUUACUUCCUCCUAACACAUUCUCAGUAAUUAUGUUCACAAAUCACUGUGACGGUGAUUAGCAUGUUGAAAAUAUAGUUAGUUAGAAUUACUUAUUAGUUAGUGUAUAAGUCAUAGAGAUGACUCUUGUCUGUACUCUUUUCAUUUUGUAUUUCAUUUUCUAAUAUAAUUAAUGCAAUAAGUUUUCAAGCUUUUCUCUCUUA